GUGAAAUAGGUGAUGGGGAUUAAGGAAUACACUUGUCCUGAUGAGUACUGGGUGAUUAAAAUUAAAACUUUAAGAAUAUAUAUAGUUAUUUUCCUGCAGGCCUUUUUCCCUCGGAGGAGGCCUGUAGGCAGCAGCCAUGGCACCCAGCCCGAAUGGCAUGAUGUUGAAGCCCCACUUCCAUAAGGACUGGCAUGGCAUGGCCUCAUGGUUCAACCAGCCAGCGGGGAAGAUCUGCAGACUCAAGGUCGGGAAGCCAAAGCAAGGCCCAGAGCUUCCAUGUCCAGACCCAUCCAGCCCAUCCCAUGGUGCCCCCACAGUGAGGUAUCACACCCAAGUGCAAGUUGGCAGGGGCUUCAGCAUGGAAGGGCUAUGGGUGGCUGGCCUACACAAGAAGGUGGCAUGGACCAUUGGAAUCUCAGUGAGUCCAAGAAGGUGGAACAUGUCCACAGAGUCCCUGCAGGCCAAUGUGAAGUGGCUGAAGGAGUAUGGCUCCAAGCUCAUCCUCUUCCCCAGGAAGCCAUCAGCCCCUAAGGAGGGAGAUGGCUCUGCUGAAGAACUCAAAUUGGCUACCCAGUUGACAGGACCAGUCAUGCCCAUGUGGAAUGUCUGUAAGAAGGAGAAAGCCAGAGUCAUUAGAGAGGAGAACUUCAAGGCAUUCGCUGGUCUUCACGUGGUCCAUGCCCAUGCCUGGCUCUUUGGCAUCUGGGCAAAAAGAGCCAAGGAAGCUGCAGAACAGGAUGUUGAGAAGAAAAAAAUAAAGUAUCACUGGCAACUUGUGAUUAUGUACAUGUAUAUGUAUGGUUAA